GCACUUACGCUCAGAAAGUCCAUGUUUUCGUCUGGACCCAGAAGUCUAAAUUCUUAACAAUCCCCUCAAAUAGUUCCACUGCAAGUCCUUAGCAGACCACAUUUUGGGAAAUGCCACAUUAGAAAAAGUAUUGAAUGCAAGUGGGGUGGAAACAGGAGGCCUCUGGUCCUUUAAGGACUGAUUAAGAGACUACCUUUAAAGCUGUGAAGCAGAGCAGGCUAGGGCUGCUUCUUUUCAUCCUGGUGGGUAAAGUAAGGGAGCAGGUCCUGGAAUGGGCCUCUCCUUUUAAAUACGAUCUUGUUCCCAGCCCUGGAGCACAGGAUGGGCACGCUGCCUUGUCCCACCUGCUGUUUCUGUUUGUUUGAUGCAAAGAGGACAAUUUAGAAAACCUCUUUUUGGUUCAGGAGAUCCUACCAGAGGAAGAAACAUAGGACCUGCCUGCCAGCCUUUCAUUUUUCCUUGCCCUAUCCUUUGUGGUAGUGGAGCCUGGAUGCUGUUACCCAUGUAAAAGGCAAGGUUUAAAGUGGUAUCCUCUGGGCUUUUACCAGAACAUGUUGCUGAACACCAAGCUUUUCAAGAUGGUCCUCCUGAGCAUCCUUAGAAUCCUUCUUCUUUGGGGACUGGUGCUUUUUAUGGAACAUAGGGUCCAAAUGACACAGGUAGGGCAGCCCUCUAUUGCCCACCUGCCUGAGGCCCCUACCUUGCCCCUGAUUCAGGAGCUGCUAGAAGAAGCCCCUGGCAAGCUGCAGAGGAAGCCGCGGGUCUUAGGGCAUCCCUUACGGUAUAUGCUGGAGUUGUACCACCGUUCAGCUGACGCAAGUGGACACCCUAGGGAAAACCGCACCAUUGGGGCCACCAUGGUGAGGCUGGUGAGGCCACUGGCUAGUGUAGCAAGGCCUCUCAGAGGCUCCUGGCACAUACAGACCCUGGACUUUCCUCUGAGACCAAACCGGGUAGCAUACCAACUAGUCAGAGCCACUGUGGUUUACCGCCAUCAACUUCACCUAACUCAUUCCCACCUCUCCUGCCAUGUGGAGCCCUGGGUCCAGAAAAGCCCAACCAAUCACUUUCCUUCUUCAGGAAGAGGCUCCACAAAGCCUUCCCUGUCGCCCAAAGCUUGGACAGAGAUGGAUAUCAUGGAACAUGUUGGGCAAAAGCUCUGGAAUCACAAGGGGCGCAGGGUUCUACGACUCCGCUUCGUGUGUCAGCAGCCAAGAGGUAGUGAGGUUCGUGAGUUCUGGUGGCAUGGCACUUCAUCAUUGGACACUGUCUUCUUGUUACUGUAUUUCAAUGACACUCAGAGUGUUCAGAAGACCAAACCUCUCCCUAAAGGCCUGAAAGAAUUUACAGAAAAAGACCCUUCUCUUCUCUUGAGGAGGGCUCGUCAAGCAGGCAGUAUUGCAUCUGAAGUUCCUGGCCCCUCCAGGGAGCAUGACGGGCCUGAAAGUAACCAGUGUUCCCUCCACCCUUUUCAAGUCAGCUUCCAGCAGCUGGGCUGGGAUCACUGGAUCAUCGCUCCCCAUCUCUAUACCCCAAACUACUGUAAGGGAGUAUGUCCUCGGGUACUACACUAUGGUCUCAAUUCUCCCAAUCAUGCCAUCAUCCAGAACCUUGUCAAUGAGCUGGUGGAUCAGAGUGUCCCUCAGCCUUCCUGUGUCCCUUAUAAGUAUGUUCCCAUUAGCAUCCUUCUGAUUGAGGCAAAUGGGAGUAUCUUGUACAAGGAGUAUCAGGGUAUGAUUGCCCAGUCCUGCACAUGCAGGUGACAGCAAAGGUACAGAUAGAUCAGGUUUGCCCAAGAAAUUAGAAAAGGAUUUAUAAUAAGCAAAUAUUGUUAAAUCUGAAAGCGCUCAACCCAAGUGCUCUACCCAUUCUGUAGAUUCUAUUCCUUGCCUUCAGCAUUGUACUUUAAGUCUUCUUCCCCUAUUUAUGAGUGUCUCACUUUAUAAAAACAGUUCUGAUGCCAAAUAUCAGUAUGUUUUGGCCACUAGUCCGUCUUCUGAGGAUCUAGAAGGUUUGGGGUGAAGACAGCAACUUGAGAUUUUAUACUCCUCUUCCUUGCCUCCUGAAUCCUAGAAACUAUUACCUAAUUGAAGAGACCGCUUGCUUCUGUGUUUGGAUUUCCCUCUAAAUCUAAAACUGUUUCUUAGAUGGACUAGGAAAAUUUUAAGCAGUAAUCUCUCUAGAAAUCUUUUGAAGGAAACAGAAGGGAAUCUUUUUCUAAGCCAUCAGGGUUUUUCCUCUCAGGCUCUGAACCUGGCAGAAAUGCCUGGGAUGAUCCCUUUAUUAUCCUGCUGUGAAGAGAGCAGCCGUUAAUAAAGCCAGUAGGGAAAUGUGAAUGGAGCAGAGAUGACAAUCAUUUCAAAACCUCUUAUAUCUAUAGUGAAAAAAUGAAGAGUUGUCAUUGUUGAUUAGAAUUAUGUAUGGGGGAGUCAUUUUAAAUUUUCUCUGGAACAAUAGAUUUCACAGGGUAUUUUCUCAUUUUAGGUAAUCCUUAAACCCUUGUUAAUGAGCCUACAGAGAAAGCUUGCUGGUGGCUCAGAGCCUGAGAGUUGGCCUGGUUGGGAGUGGAAGGCAUAGAAGGCUGCAGUUAGGAAAGUUAAUAGGGCAGUGGGGGAAGGGUGAAAUGUGCUGAGACCUGGGGCUGACUUCAUACUGGGCUUGCUUGUUUGUGUGUUCAGCUGGGCUCUGAGCAUGGGUCUCGGGGGGAGACAGGCUUGCUGUAUUGGGAGGCAUGGAGUUCUGCCUUGGACUAAAUAAUGCUUGCACUGUGACUCUUUUCUAUUCCUGUGCUGUAUUGAAGUGAUGGGGACUGGGUUGUGUUGCAAAUAAAUCAUUUUUGUUGUUA